UAUAACACGGCAAAGUCCUCCCAUAAAAAGCACUCUGGCAAAACUUUUUAGCAGGAAGCUGCUUCCUUCAGUGAGUAACCAGGGUCAAACGGUACUGGAUGUGUGUACUACGAGGAAUGCCAUGGCUAACCAGAACAACCAGGAUUACUCUAGAUCCAACAGCAACGACUCAAAAACGUACAUGGUCAUCCCGGCUGCCAAGCAAGGGAAUAAUACAUCUUCAAAGCUAUGGGUCGCCAUGGUGGUCAUUGUCGUGAUUGCGCUACAGAUUGCGUGUACCACGGCGCUGUUCGUUUACUUCAACAUGUCGAUUUCACAGACAAAAAACCAAGGUGUGACUGAGGAGCUUAAGUGCCUGAAACUCCUGAACAAGCUAGAAGAUACAAUCGCUGGAGGACAGAUCCCAGAGGAAGUGAGGGUGUUCAUGGAGCCCUGCAUGAAAGUGGCAGACAGUAUCAAGUCCUACAUAUCCAAGGUUACUGAAAAUGUCAUCAGGAGACAUGUACUUCAAGAAGCAAGAAACAUUCCAAGGAGUUUCAACACAUCGGAUGCUCAGUUUGUGAGCGAAGUCACCCAAAGACCUUCCGCACACCUUUCUCUGAGGGACGUCAGCCAUCGACCACACGAUGAAUCCCAGAGCAAUGACUUGCACCAGUCUUGCCGUCACCCCAUCAGAACCUGGGACACUGGCAGCUUCGGAUCGCACAUCCACAACAUGAGCCUGAGCGAGGGGUGGCUGAAAGUGCCCCGGGAUGGCCGCUACUACCUGUACUCUCAGGUCUACUUCCGCUACCCCUUGGACUCCUCCCUGGACCCCCACAACGCAGCCCCGGAGAGCCACAGCAGCCACCAGCUCGUCCAGUGCAUCUACAAGAAGACGUCCUACCUGAAGCCCAUCCUGCUGCUGAAAGGCGUGGGCACCAAGUGCUGGGCGGAAGACGUAGAGUACGCCCUUCACUCUGUCUACCAGGGAGGACUGUUUGAGCUGAGAUCAGGCGACGAGGUCUUUGUGUCAGUGUCCUCCGUGCCCAUGGUCUACACUGACGAAACCUCCAGCUAUUUCGGGGCCUUCCGACUUGACCUGUGAUCGUGACGGAUCGUAAUUGCAGGUGCAUGGAUCCUGUGGAGGUUAUUAAUGUGAAUGGAAGAGAGGGAGAACCAUUCUUAUGAAUUUAUUUUAUUUUUCUGAAUUUUGCAUGUAUUCAGAAGAAACUUUAAAUCUAGUCCUGUUUACUGUGCGGACAUAAACAGCUUUUUAAGAAAAGCAAAUCUAGUUGAUAACCCUGGCAUGGAUAAGAAAGCAAGUCAAUUCUUCUUACCAUUCCAAGGUCACCACUAUAAAUGAGAACCCGUUGGCCUGACCUGAUUCAAUUGGAAUUCAUAAACAGUAUACAUUUGGUGGAAAAUGUCCCACAGUUCCUGCUGCUUCUCAUAUAUCAUAUGUUUUGACUUGUUCCGUUUUAAGAUGGUAAAUGGGAUCUAAUGAUUAGCUUCCUGCUUGCCUGAGCUUGAAUGUAGCUUUCUUCAUUAGUCAAGGGAUUUGAAAAAUCUUCAAUGGAUUAUCAGGCAAGGUAAAGAUACACUACACAGUUUGGCACAGUAGUUACAAAGCAAAGGACAAACUACCAGAACAUACUAGUUUGGAAGCUCUUGCAUCACAACUGACCCACUCAUUGAACCAGAUUCUGAUUGGCUCCCACCCCAACCAUCAAGGGGAGCAAAAGCAGGAACUCGAUUGAUACCUGGAAUGUGGACUCCUUACCUUUCCAUAAACCCUAGCCUAGAAUAAUCCAAGUACUGAAAAGAAAAAAAACUGUUGGUUCAGCAGGUUGGUUGGGAAUGUGGGAGAAUACUACGCCUUCACCCUUUUGAUUUUAAUCUAUUAAGACCUCGUCGUAUAUAAUAAAUACAUUGAAAAUGAAUUGAUUUAUAAUUCAGAUAUAGUUUAUUUGGCCUGACAUUAAAUAUAUAGUAACUGUAUUGUGGACUAUUUUCAUAUUCAGUUUGUUUUGAAUAAUGAAUUUUAAGGAUCAGCAAAUAUGUUUUAGAUAUAUUUAAUAGGUUUGAUAUAUAAUAUGAAAAAUUUUCAAAGAAAUGAGUGACGAUAAAUCCAUUACAGCCCUAUGCAUUUAUCAGGGAGCUAAUGCUUGUUAUUAAGACCUGCAACUAAAGUUAGAAAAUCAAAAGAUUAAGACCUUGCUGCAAAAUGGAAUAAUUGUGCACAUGCACACAAUGUGUGCCAAAGGAUUUGGUCGGGACUUGAAGAUUUUCUUCCAGCUGUAAUUUUCUGAGAGCAGACAGGAACAUUCUCAUGUUGGCAUCAGCAGGUGCCAGAAACCCCCUUCUGAGCUAUUUUUUGCACGGCGAAGCGAAUCUCUUCUCAGAUUCGAAAGCCUAACUUAAAACUUUUGUCUUUGUUAGUUUUAUAAACAUAUAAUGAUUUGGUUCUAGAUGGUUUGGAAUUUGUGGCUCUUUUUGUGGCAUUUGUGGAAUGUAUCUGUACCUUGCCUUGCUGGUGCUACAAUUGACAUUUACAAUUUUAAAAAUCUGUUUUAUUUGUAACAGUACUUCACCUCAUCAGUCAUUCUACAGUUACAGUGAUAGGGGACAAUGCACAACUCCUGUGGAAAAUCUGAUUACUGUAACAAAAUUAGUUUAGUAAAUCAGACUGCACCCAGAAAGGAAACAAUGUAAAAGUGAUAUAAAUUGGAUUGGAUUUCUGUGUGACCCCGAAACAUGCAGCUUAUGUUCUUUUAUAACAAGAGAAAAAAAAAAAAAUCGAUAUGCUUUAAGUUUUAGAGAAAAAGUUGUUUUUUUUUCCUUAGAAGAAGAAUGGUGCCGUGUACAGAGAACAAAUAUAUUUUCAGUUUUACUUUUGUAUUUAAACUUAGGAAUGCCUGUCCUGUAAGGUAACUUUGGUUGUUUUUGGAGGUUGAAGAUUUUACACCUUACACAUUUUCUGUCCACUAAUUAUAUAUAUUAUACUUUUUUUUUGUUGUUUUGUUUUUGCACAUUAAUGGAAUGUUUGCCAUCUCGUACACUUCUGUACAUACUAUAUCACAGAAAGUAGUGUUUUUUUGGAAAGGUUAUUAUACAGUCUCUGUUUGCAUUUAUCUUUGAAAACUGUGCAAUAUCAACAGGUAUAUUUUAUUUGAAAACUUAAAGUUCAUAUCUCAAUUUUAGAAAUACUAAAAAAAGCAUAAUACAUUCAAAUGACAAAUGUUUCUUUUCAGUGUCUUCAGAAUUGAAUUGUCUGUCACUGUAUUUAUUACAUUUUUGUUCGUAUUUCAAAAUCCCACGCUGGUGAGUAUUUAACAGUUAGGGAUGAAUUCCUUUUCAGAACUGUUGGUGCACAGUGUUACUGUCAUCAUUUUGAUUAGGUGUGAGUGGAAAUCGUUGUUUUGGAGUUGGGUUGAAAUACACUGGUGGGAGGAUUGUCAUUAGCGCCAGUGCUUACCGGGUAGCUCUGUUACUGAUAUACUGUGGUAAAGUGCUUUAAAUUCUUGUUUAAACUGUAAAUAGUAUGAAACUCCUCAUACGUUCAUACAAUUGUAUCUAUGUGCACGCCUUAAGAGUCUCUCGCAAAUGUGAAUUGACCCAGUUUUUUUUAAAAAUGCAUUGUUGCCAUGUAGCUGCCUUUUAGUUUUAUAAAUUCAAAGAAAGCACCUUCAAAGCCUGUCGAACAAAACAAGAAGUCUGAUAAGUGUUAGAAAAACCUAAAUAACAUGGUAACAAACCAUUGAACUGCCAUCACUGAAAUGCAAACUGCUCCACUUAUUGGGUGUACUGUACCUGUAAGAAGUGUUGGCUGUCACAAGAGGCUCUUUGGCCCUUUCCAGCACACUAUUUGCCCCGGGACAUUACAUCGAAUGAGCCCCCCCGUGUUUUAGCUUCACUUGUUAAUGUAUGCAAUAACAUUCACAGUAUGAAUUGUUGCAGAGAAAGAAAAAAAACAGAUUAAAAUAUGUAGGCAUACCAGUUCUUGAUGUGAACAAGGUGCUCAUUGGGAAUUUGUGAAUUUGAGUCUGACUGGUAGGACAGCAUACUUCUCAUCACGAAGAUCAUAUGUUGACAUGCAAAGACAGCUUGAAUAUAAUGGGGAUGUUUGGUAGAUUUUAAUGCAUUCUUGAAGUAUGACUAAUUCUUUUUUAAAGAAUACACAAACUAACAUCUGGUUUGGAUGAAAUAGAGUGCCGUGUGUUAAUGUGACCAUUUGCUGGGGGUUCAUAGUGGAUAAUUAAAAAGGCCUAACUCUUCUGCAAAAAGAUGGUAUUUCAGCUUUAAGAUCUGAACAUAAUGUACACAUUAUUUCAGUGUAGCAUACACACCACUGUGUCAAUGGAUUAGAACUGACAAUAUGAAAGAAAAGCAUUGCAUUAGUAUUAACAAUUAAAUCACUAAGUUGAUGGGAUCACCGGCUGUCACUGUCUAUCUUCAUCAGCUUUCUUAUUGGUCUUCUGUACAGCAUGAUUAAGCGCUUGUAAAAAUAACUCUCCUUUAUUGAUGACUAACCAUGAUUAAAAGACAUUACUGAGGAAUUGAAUUGUAUUAUUGUUCUAUAACUUGUAAAACAGCAAUUCUAUGUUUUAUUUCAAUUUUUAAAAAAAUUAAUUCUGCUUUUGAGCAAUUGUAUGUUUUACCGACUAGUGAGAACAGAUUAGUUCAGAGUUUUUACUGUUUUAAUAGAUUUUUUAAAAAAAAUUUAAAUUAGUAGUUUUUAAUAUUACAAAUCAGUAAAUUAAACAAUGUUGUGGAAAUGCUAGGCAUUUAGUGAAAUGAGCCUCUGCUGAAUCAUUUCAUAUCCUGAUUUUCAGGAUGUGCACCUGUAGCACUUACUUUUUCAUAAAUUUGAGGACCAAAUUAAGUUCUCAUCAGUCUUAUAUUCAUCUCAAUUAUAAUUUACAUGAGGCACUAUUAAUGUUUCAUUGGUCUUUUACUGUGUUAUGUAGAAAUUUGCAAUACCUCUAGAAAUGCACAAUGUUUAGGGACCACUUAUUGAUUGUGAAUGUAUGUGUCUGUGAUAGGGCACUUUUUCACUUGUAUAUUUUCUGUAAAAUAAAACCACGAUUCCUUU